UCCAUCUAACUCUUCUCGUCAACAUGAGGGUUCUUGUCCUGACCGUGCUUUUGGGCAUCGCCAUGGCGGACAAACUUCCUUCCUACAAUUACGGUGUCCCCAGCGAAGGAUCUGGAGCUUCCAACGGAGCCUCAGCUAACGGAUUCGGAGCAUCGGGUAACGGAUUCGGAGCCUCGGGUAACGGAUUCGGAGCCUCGGGUAACGGAUUCGGAGGAUCAAGCAACGGCUAUGGCUACGGACAGGACGACGAAGUAGCGGCUCUGUCCGAGAGCAUUCCCGGGGGCGGCGUCCCCGGCGAGGACUACCCCAUCUUGGCUUCCGUGCCCGACACCGGCUUCUCGUGCGAUGCCCAGGCGGUGCAAGGUUAUUACGCCGACACUCAAGCCGGCUGCCAGGUGUUCCAUAUCUGCCAGGACCGCGCCCUCAGGCGCCAACAGGACUCGUUCCUGUGCCCCAACGGUACCAUCUUCAACCAGCAGUACCUGGUAUGUGACUGGUGGUUCAACGUGGACUGUUCUCAAGCUGAGAGCUUCUACUCCGUCAACGAACUCAUCGGAGUCGUUCCCGACGCCGGAUACGCCUAUGGCACUGCCGUUAAUGGCAACGGCAACGGUUUCAACGGCAGAAGGAAUGGAAAUGGAGCUAAUGGUAACGGAAGUAACGGUAAGGGAAGCAACGGUAGGGGAAGCAACGGUAAUGGAAGCAACGGUUAUGGCUCUAACGGUAUCGAAAUCUGGAACGGUAACGGUGUUGAUGGUAACGGAAGCAACGGUAAUGGAGGCAGCGGUUAUGGUUCUAAUGUUAAUGGGAUCAACGGCAACGGUAGCGGUAGUGGCUCCAACGGUAACGGCGGUAAUGGUAACGGAAGCAACGGCGUCAGCAACGGCAAUGGAAACGGAUCUCCUGUUGCUCCUUCCACCUCCUACGGCGCCCCCUUCUGAUCUGUCCGGCACUGAGCCCUUUUUACCGAAUGCCGUAUCUCCAAACAGAAAAGUAUUUAUGUAUAUUUUACAAUAAAUGUGUAGU